GGACGGUACGGUCUAGGUACAUAUGUACCUAAAUAUCUUAUAAGAAGAAAGUCUAUCAUUUUCAAAUCGUCAACGCAAAUCAGAAUGGCCGACAACGAACAUAAGCCAAAGAGGCGCAAAACGAAGGCCACGAAUGAUACAUCGGUUGUAAAAAUUGGGAAUAAGACAAUUUCACUAAGUGCAUAUCUUGCUCCUGAGAAGAAACCGUUAGAGAAGCUACCAUCGGUACAGGAGCCAACCACAACUAAGGAACCUCAGCAUGAUCCUAUUAAGGAAAACGACCCGCGGACUCAGAAGGCGCACCAGACUAAGAGGCUCUCAGGUAGUGGGGACCCGUCAUUAUUAAAAUCUCGCAAGGCCCUACCGAUAUGGACUCUCCAGAACGAGAUCAGGGCUAGUCUACGCGGUGAGAAUGAUAUGCUACUUAUCGUUGGCGAGACUGGUUCGGGCAAGAGUACUCAGGUUCCCCAAUUUCUUUGUGAUGAACCCUGGUGUCGAAAGAAGAAGGUUCGAGUGCAGUCUGAUACGGUGAACGUGGGUGGAAUGAUUGCUAUUACUCAACCGCGACGAGUUGCAGCAACUACCCUAGCUAACAGGGUUUCUCGUGAGAUGGGAACACCUCUGGGAGCGUCGCGCGAGGGCUCCGUUGGAUACUCUGUCCGGUUUGACCACAAUAUUCCAAAAGGCACCAAAGUCAAAUUUCUCACCGAAGGCAUGCUUCUACAGGAGCUCUUACGCGAUCCGAAUUUACGUCAAUAUAGCGCCGUAAUUGUCGACGAGAUUCACGAAAGGAGCGUUGACGUCGAUUUAAUCGCUGGGUUUUUAAAGCAGAUUCUGUCGAGUGAUAAGGCCGGGCGCGGAGGUAUACCCUUGAAGGUGGUGAUCAUGAGUGCCACGGCAGAUAUAGAGAAGAUUCAAACUUUUUUUAAACCCCAGAAUUCGAGCUCUGCCGUUCAAUUACUCCAGAUCAAAGGAAGACAAUAUCCCGUGGAGAUCAAACAUACGAACAAGCCUGUCACGGAUAUUCAAGAGACCCUUCUGAAACAGAUAUUCGAUAUUCAUUUGCAUGAGCCGUUGCCCGGCGACAUCUUAGCCUUUCUUACUGGCCAAGAAGAAAUCGAAGCUGCCCAGCGUCUUAUCGAGGAGCACAAUGAAACACUAGCUUCAGACAUACCCAAGCUAUUAGUCUGUCCUUUAUAUGGCCAGCUCUCAAUCCAAGCGCAGCAGGACGCAUUCUUGCCCGCUAAGAAAGGCUUUACACGGAAAGUAGUUUUAGCGACCAAUAUCGCAGAAACAUCAGUUACCGUUCCGGGCGUCCGGUAUGUAAUCGACUGCGGAAAAGCUAAAGUAAAGCAAUUUCGUUCGCAGUUAGGCAUGGAAUCAUUGUUGGCAAAGGCAAUUUCAAAGUCGUCGGCAAUACAACGGACUGGCCGAGCUGGGCGUGAAGGGCCCGGCAAAUGCUACAGACUCUAUACAUCAGCAACGUACGACUCACUCAAAGAGGCUGAUUUGCCAGAAAUUCUCCGCAAUGACGUUCUGAGUGCCAUCUUGACAAUGAAGGCACGGGGUAUUAAUGACAUACUUUCGUUUCCAUUAAUGGACUUUCCCGAUAUUGAGUCGGUAGAAAAAGCCUUGAUACAUCUUCACUUCUUGGGCGCACUUGCAGAUGAUGGCACCAUCACGGAAAUUGGGAGGAAGUUAGCUCUUUUCCCAAUUUCUGCGCCAUACGGGAGAGUGCUCCUUGCAGCAAGCGAGCCUCAAUAUGAUUGUCUCCUCGAAGUCAUUGAUAUCAUUGCUUGCAUUACAUCAGGAGAGAAUAUAUUCCAUCAACUACAGUCGGAGGAAGUAAGGGAAGAAGUUGAAGAAUAUCGUAAAGAAUUAUACCGCCGGGAAGGUGAUAUCCUCACAUACCUAACUACCAUGCAACGGUAUGCGGCGGAAAAUGCUGACCGAAUUGAAUGGUGUAAGAAGCGGAAAGUCAAUAUUCGCAACAUGAAACAAGCUCUAAACAUUCGAAAGCAACUUCGAGGUAUAUGCUCAAAGGAAAAGUUACUUACAGAGUCGCCACCGCCGGAUCCUCAACCGUUCGUACCCAUGUCUCCUGAAAGGGCAACAUUACUGUUGAAAUGUUUCAUGAAAGGCUUCGGUACGAAAUGUGCCCUUCUGGCGCCAGACUCUAGUUACGUCACAAUACAAGGGAAACACGUCGUGGCUGUUCACCCAUCCAGCGUCUUGCAUGGACAGAAACGGGAAGCUAUAAUGUUCUUAGAGCACGUAUUUACGCAGAGAAGUUACGUCAAAAAAGUCAGCGUUGUUCAAGCAGACUGGAUCGUCGAAACUAUGGAACGACGUUAGGUUUUACCCCAUUCAUGGCGGAAUACAAUAUAAUUCCCCAACUUUAUUAGAAUCACGCAGUAACGCAAUAUCCAUCAUUUAUCAUCUG